GAGCCUCUGUUCUUUUUUCCCAGCCCAGUAAUGGGGAAGAAACAUCUGACCCUAAACAUAAACUGAAACUCUGCUGUCACCUUCCAUACACUUCUUUCUUUGAUCACAAGAUCAAAUUUUUAGGAGUGGAAAACACAGGAAAAAAAAGAAAAGCGAAAAUGGGUACGAUCAAGGUACCAGAGGUGGUUCCUUCUCCAACAGAAGACUGUGAAAGGCUCAUGAAUGCAUUCAAAGGACUGGGGACUGAUGAGAAGGAAAUCAUAAGGGUUCUUGGACACAGAAAUGCCAGCCAAAGGAAGAAGAUCAGAGAAACUUAUAUGGAGAUUUACAACAAAUCCCUAAUUGAUGAUCUGCAUUCUGAAUUAUCGGGUGAUUUCAUGAAAGCUGUGAUUCUGUGGACAUAUGAUCCUCCGGAGAGAGAUGCACGUCUGGCAAACAAGGCGUUAAAGUCAAGGAAGGAGAGCUUAGGAGAAUUACAAAUCAUUGUUGAGAUAGCAUGUGCUUCCUCUCCCGACCAUCUGGUUGCCGUGAGGCGCGCAUAUUGCUCUCUUUUUGACUGCUCGCUUGAAGAAGACAUAAUAGCAAACAUCUCUAUGCCGUUGAAGAAGGUUCUUGUUGGUUUGGUAAGUUCCUACAGAUAUGACAAAAAAGUAGUGGAUUCUACUAUCGCGAAUCUAGAGGCUGCUAAGCUUCAUGAAGCCAUCCAAACACAGCAGCUGCACAACGAUGAUGUUAUUUAUAUUCUCAGUACUAGGAAUCUUUGUCAGCUUAGAGCGUCUUUCGAGUGCUACAAACAAGACUAUGGAUACUCUAUUCAUCAGCAUAUUAAGAGUUGUGGCAAAGGCCUUUUGGAGUCUAUUAUGAAGGUUGUCAUUUGGUGCAUCGACUCCCCAGAGAAACAUUUUGCUGAGGUUGUGAGAGCGUCGGUGAUUGGGCUAGGAACUGAUGAGGAUUCUCUAACCAGAGCCAUUGUAACUCGCGCUGAAAUCGAUUUGGGGAAAGUUAGAGGAGAAUAUAACAAGAUAAACUCUUCUAGUCUUGACCAAGCAGUUGCAGAUGACACAUCAGGUGACUAUAGAGAUUUCCUGAUGACCCUCCUUGGGGCAGAUAUCUAGUCUUCUGCUCUUACCCUUUACAUAUGGUAGGCUUUUUUUUCAUUUUUUAAUAUAACACAAAACUAUUAAGUUUUUAAAAUGCUAAUCAUAUGUAAGGGAAGAAGGGUCUUCCAAGAAAAAUUUGUCGCCGGGUGCGUAAUUCACUCGUCGACCUUGUUUACCAGUUUGGUUAUUUGUUGGUGAAUUGAGAUUUUUCUUUCAAGUUAUUAGUUGGAUUACAGAAGUUUUAAUGAUCAAAACUCGAACAAAACGCAAAACUAAAACUGAACAAAAUUU